AAGCAAUUGUACCAGAUACUAAAGGACAGUUUAAGCAUAUAGUGCAAUUCAAGCUAGCCCAAAACAUCACUAUUGACAAAGUGUCUAAUCUACAAUCAGUAGAUGAAACUAUCAUGACAAUACCCCUCCUGACAUCUCAUUAUCAAUCAUCAAGUCAAGACUUCUAA